CGUAUUCGCUGUUUGUGAAUUUGACAGCAGUCUGUCCUUGUCAUGCUUUAUAAGGAAUAAAAAGGGCACACUGAUGUCAAGUUUACAAAUAGCAAACCAAAAUAGCCAGUUAAGUGCCGUCAUCAAGAGCAUUGAGCGCAGCACUCUCGGCCUUUCUUGUAAUGUUUGUUUACAUUGAGAAGAAUAUCAAAAUUAAUUAUUUACACAACUGUUGUUUACCGGUUGCAGAAAAAUUUAAUUGUAAAGUUACGAUAGUAUGAGAAAUGGUAUAAUAUAUUGGUUUAAAUUUAACCUAAAAUGAUUUUACAAAUCGCUCUAAUAGUUACUACAGUCAAGGUUUUCUUCAUACCGUUUUACUUUUCUACAGAUUUUGAGGUUCAUCGAAACUGGUUGGCUGUAACACACAACCUGACGAUUUCAGAGUGGUAUUAUGAUACUACUUCAGAAUGGACACUGGAUUAUCCUCCAUUCUUCGCUUGGCUGGAAUACGCUUUGUCUCAUAUCGCUAAAUUCUUUGAUCCUGAAAUGCUGCAUUUGAAGAAUUUGAAUUACAGUUCUGACAUGACCGUGUUGUUUCAAAGACUUUCUGUAAUAGUUUUGGAUUUAGUUUACUUCUUUGGAGCUAAAAGUUGUUCCAAUCUAAUUAGUAAUGGAAAGCUACUAGUGUACAUAUUAUUGGUUACUAAUGCUGGAUUAUUGAUGGUUGACCAUAUACAUUUUCAAUAUAAUGGUUUCCUUUAUGGCCUUCUUCUGUUUUCUAUAUCCAAUAUGAUAAAGGGUAACAACAUCCAAUCAGCAUUGUGGUUUGCUGUGUUAUUGAAUUUUAAACACAUUUAUUUGUAUGUGGCCCCUGUAUAUGUGGUUUAUUUACUCAGAGCAUAUUGCUUCACAGUGCCAACUGAAGAUGGCUCUCAUACUCCUUGGUAUACAUUUUCCAUGCUAAACUUAAUGAAACUUGCCAUUGCUGUUAUUGGUAUAUUUGGCUUAUCAUAUGGCCCAUUCAUUGAUCAUAUCCCCCAGAUUGUUUCCAGACUGUUUCCAUUUAAAAGAGGAUUAUCACAUGCAUAUUGGGCACCUAACUUCUGGGCAUUAUACAAUUUUGCUGAUAAAGUUCUGUUUUACGCACUAAAAAAGGCUGGUGUUGAGGUUCCGAAAUCAGAAGCUGCAAUGACCGGUGGAUUGGUUCAAGAAUAUGAUCAUGCUGUCCUUCCAUCAGUGAAACCUAUAAUCACAUUCAUACUGACAUUCCUCUCAAUGGUACCUGCCUUGAUAAAGUUAUGGCAUCUGGGAGCUGACCGCCGAUAUAGGGGCUUGAGUUUUGUAAGAUGCAUGAUCGUCUGUGCAGCCUGUUCAUUCAUGUUUGGUUGGCAUGUGCAUGAAAAAGCAAUCUUAAUGAUAAUUAUACCGCUAAGUUUCAUGUCUGUGCUUGGCGAAGUUGACGGAAGGCUAUUUUUGAUUUUAUCUGUGGUUGGACAUUAUUCGUUAUUCCCUCUGCUAUAUCCGAAAAAUCUGCUUUCGAUUAAAUUAUUUAUAUUGUUUACAUAUUCAGCAAUUGGUUUUAGUAACAUUCCGUUCUUUUAUAUGCCAGCCAAGCUAAAAGGUGCUAGGAGGCGCAGAUAUUUCAGAUUACCACUUUUAAGUCAUACUGAAACAUUGUACUUAUAUGGUCUUUUAGCGUUUUUUAUUUAUGAAAAUGUUAUUCAUCCCGCCUGGGGUCUGGACAAAACUUUACCAUUUUUACCUUUGAUGAUUACGUCCGUGUAUUGUUCGAUAGGAGUAACAUAUUUCUAUGUUGAUUAUUAUUAUUAUUAUUUGAAGUUCAAUCUUAGUGCUGUUCCAACGGUUGCCGUGAAUUUAAGUAAAUAUAAUAAGAAAGCAAACUAGCUUUGUAAGUUAUAAGGACUUUCUUUAUUUUCCCCAGUUAUACUCUCCCAAAAAGUUCCUGUUUGUCCACCUAAAAAGUAAAGUUUUACUUAAACAUCCACCUUAUAACAUUGUUUUCUUUUAGAAACACUGAGAUCUCGAUGAAAUGCGUAAUUAAUUUUAUAAAUAAGGGCUAAAUUAUCAUAUUUGCAAAUAUAUAAAAUAAGUGCCAAACCUACGCAGAACUCAUGGGAGGCAUUCAGACUUGGGUAAUUAUUUAAACCAAAAAAAUACCUACGUGGCGGUUGGAGCUUAUGAUGCUGCUUUGUUGACAUACACAAGUUAUUAAAUGAUGUAAAGAUUAUAUCGUUGUCAUAGAUUAAAAAGACUGUCUUUAUUUCAAAUCUUAUAUUUAAAAUUAGGUAAGUAUGUAAACAACACAUUCAAUAAAUAUUUAUAAAUCCAUGCGGAAUAAAUAGAGGUAAGAAAUAUAAUAGUCGAUAGGUUUCCUAAUAAAAUUACCUAAUAAAGAUAUUAGUUCUAUUCCUUUUAGCUGACAUUUUUUUUAUAAUAUUGAUAUAUUGAUCUUUAUUUAUAGAUUGUAUUGUAAUAAUCACUAGUUCCACAUUUUUAUCGUAAUGCAAUUUUCAAAGAACUCUGUCAAUCACCUUUUCUAAUAGAAAGGUUUUCUUAUGUAAGUAGGUAUAUCAAUCUUCAUGCUGUAGUAUUACUGCCAGUGUGUGUAAUGGAAAUCUCAUUAAAUGGCUGAACCCAUUUCGAUAAAAAAUUGUAUGUAUUCUAGUAAGAUGUGUGAGAGCGAUUCGGAUGGGUAAGAUUUACAAUAUGACAAUAACGUCUGCGGGACCCGCUAGUAAUGUUGUAAAUAUGAAAGGAGAUUGGGCAUUUUAGGGAUUUUUAUCUCUCAAUUGUACACUAAUGAAAAUACUGUCAAAAAUCCUUAACCAAAAUUAAUGACUAAAUACCAAAUUUCAGCAAUUUUCGUACUCAGAAAAAUAUGCGAUAUUUUUAAAAUGAAGAAUGAUUUCCUAUGUGAUAAGCUCGGUGCUUGGUGGCCAGUUGCUAUACGGGACGUCGGUCGUCUCGACAAUCCAAGCGAUAUCCGGAUCCCGCGUUCCGAAACGUCAACUUAGGUUUCCAAUGUUAACCUAUUCAUGUUCAUGGACGUAUAAAAAAAGGCGGACAGAGUCCCGGCAAACAACAAACUGUGUCGCUCAGAGUCGGCCAGGUCGCUAUAUGUACAAGCCGGCACACACACAUUCACACCAUAGUCAGCCAUUACGCGUGCAAACGUCAAAGCAGCCGAUACGUUAAGUGGAGAUAAAAAUAAGUUAAAACAAGAUGUCUUGCGUGGUAAAAUGGUGUAAAAACCGUAGUGACCGAAAGAAAAAAAAUCCAGGAAUCACGUUUCAUGGGUAAAUGAACAAUAUAAUCACUUUUUUCUAGUUUUUAGAAAUCGAAAUCAAUUUUCAUUCUAAGCACAAAAUAAUUAAUCUAAAGUCCAGUGUUGUCAAUGUUCACGUAACCAUAUUACCUAAAAUAUGGGAAAUUGGGGUGACAUUAGCUUCAAUCUAUUAUUUGUUAUUCUUUUUUAUCAGAUUCCCUAAAGAAAAUGUAGAAUGGAGAAAUGACUGGAUCCAAGUUAUUAGGAAUUGUAACGGAGAUGAUGAAUGGAUUCCAAAUAAAUAUAGUGUCAUUUGCAGUAUCCAUUUUGAAGCUGGAGACUUAUAUACUACUAAAAGAGGACUCCGGCGUGUUGUUACGCAUGCAGUACCUCAAAAGGUAAAUUAAAAAAUUUAACCGACUUCAAAAAGAAAGGGGUUCUAUACGUCAUAUUUGUUAUUUUUUUUUUCAAUUGUUGUUCGUGCAUAUCUCCGAGAUUCGUGGACCGAUUUUGAUGAUUAUUUUUUUGUUUGAAUCAGUUUAUUAGCGAGAUGGCUGUAUUAAUUAAGUGCAGAGCUGAUGAGUAUUUUCGGAUUGAAACAAUGGAACUCCUCAAUUACAAACAGUACUCAAUGCAUGUUUUGUUAAUUUAAGAAAUAUAAAAAAGAAUGCAGGCCUGGCCAGGCAUAUUUAGGUGAUUUACUCUGGCUUAUGAAAAGUGGAAAAUAUAAACUUUUUCAUACAAAAAUAAAAACAGACUUCAUGUUAGUUUUCCAAUUACAGAGCAUAAUGCGACUCAGUGGCUACCAAUGCCGAAUUAUGCUGAUGAUUAAUUGGAACGUGAAUUAGUUUUCAAAUGCACCAGCAAAGUGCGCUAAGUUCAGUGUUGAAAAAAAAGUGGAAUAUAAAAAAAGUCAAUAUUUGUUAUAUAUAAUAGUUUGAAUUAACUUUGAUUAUUUAAAAAAACCUACAAUGAAACAAAAGUUUUAAAAUAUUUUCAACGAUAAAUAAUAUUACUAACGAUAAUAUUUAAACAAAACAUUUCGAUCAAUGCCAACUUAAAAACAGUGCGUAUGAACACAAUUUUCGCCUUUCCAGUAUAGAUCGAAACGGUGCAGUGUGUUAAAUUUUUGCCACGGGACCAACGUUCGACGCAUCACCGCGGUCGUCGGUUCAAAUCCCGCACUCGUGUUUUAUUUUUUAUUAUAUUUUUUUUCCAUUUUUUAUAUAUUUGUUUUAGACCCCAGCACCUGUUCUUAUUUUUAUUUGUCUCCCUUUUAUUUAGACUUUAUAAUUAUAAUUUUUGGACCUAAGGUGGUAAACUGUGGAGCAUGUGGAAGUUUUUUGGCGCCGGGCAAUGCUGUUGUUUGCUGUGCUUGCCCAAUAAAAUAUCAUAAGGCCUGCCUCGCCAUCUAUUAAUAUCAGAGAAAAAACUUGAAUUAAUAUCAAAGAAAAAAAAUACUGCAUAAAUAAAUAGUAUUAUUGCAUAAGUUGACAAAUAAUUCUAUGCAAUAGCUUUACCGCGGCAGUGCCCGAGUUACUUUUAUAAUAAAACAUAAUCUUUCUGUUGUGUUGUUUAAUUUACUAAAUUUGACAUACAUAACAAAGUAUGUUUUGUAAUCUUAUCAUUGGAUCUGUAAUUUGUCGGAUUACAAGGUACUCUUUUGUAAAAAAAUUCGGACUAUAGGGGGUCUUAGGCAGUACUCUAUAAUCCGACAAAUUCGAUAGUUCGACACUGCCCUGCAAAAUGUUUGUCGGACUACCGGGGAUCCACUGCAUUCUUUUAAGACCCUUUACUUUGAUACCUCGCUUGACGGGUUAUAAGCAUUUUUUUUCUAAAGGUUUCAUUUUGGCGCGUUAUUAUUGGGCAUACAUACAUGCAUACACGCUCGAAAAACAUUAUCCACCGCAGUCGGGUAAAAUUUUGAACAAUUAAAAUAUUUUGAUCUUUUUACUGUGUUUUAUUGGUAAAAAAUUGGCUAACCUAGCAACCCUGCAUUCACUCACUCAUAGAUAACCGCCGCCAUUACGGUGCCUCACUUUUGUCUUAGCCGAAAUUCUGUCCGCCUUUUUUUAUACGUCCUUGUUCAUGUUAUUAACAUUGUUAGAACUAGUCCAAGAUACGAAAAUACAUAUACAAAGAAUAAUAGAACAUAUUAUUCGUGUGAAUAUGAUUUAUCUACAAAAGACGACUUAAUGUGAACAGUGUCUGUCAGUGUCACUGUGAUCACUGUCACUGUGAUCACUGUCAGAACUCAGAUCUGUCUGUCAGUCGAUUUCUUGCUAUAUUGCCGUGUAAAUUGAUGAUAAUGACGAAUGCUAAAUAAUAAAAUGUGUAAACAAAUGUUACCUGCAGCACUGCUCAACCCCUUUUAGGAUUAUGUGCGUAAUUAUGGGUAUGUAAUAUUAAGAUUACAGUAGUUGCAUAGUAGCGGGAAUCGUAAAAAGAGGUCAUGUAGACAUAUUUCUUUAAAGUCCAAUAACUUUGCUCAGAGAGUACGGAUUUUAAAGAAAUAAAAAAAUCCUAAAAGUAUUAAGUAUAAGCAAUAUUUUUAAGCUUAUUUGAUUGAUGUACAAAAAUCUUUAGUUCGUCCCCAAGCUCCAUACUAAGAUGCCCAAUCUCCUUUGUAUUUGCAUUGAUUCGUUUCGGAUGAUCGAAUUGUAAAAACCAGUUAACGUAAUUGAUACUAUCGCAUUAAAAACUAUGCAUUGCACCGUUUUCAAACAACAACAAAAGAAAUAUCAAAUAAUGUAUAUAGGUAGUUAGUUAGCUAAAUGUUUACGGUCAACGGUGUGGAUGAAGAAGUUUCAUGAGCCGGUUUUGCCAGCGACGUCGCUGGGUUUCGCUACACGGUCGAAUCUUUUCCGGUUCAUCAGGGAACGACGGGGGAUAGAAUAAUCUGAAACGAAAUUUGGGUGUAGUAGAAAAACGUUUACAUAAAUAGGCAACAGCAUUAAAAUCGGUCAAACUCAUAAUCAGGUAAACCAGGGUAUGAAGCGGGAUGCCGCUCUUUUGUCGUAUUGUGCCCCGGACUAAUAAUAAGAACUUGCCUGGUGUUAAGAGUUCAUAAUGUUGUUGCCUCCCUCAGGCUGGAAUCAAAAUUAUUUUAGGCACCUACUAAUGGGUGCCCGCGACUUCGUCUGUGUGUUAAUGUUUCCCAUAUGUAUAAUUUGUACAAACUUACACCUGUACGCCCCUUAAACGGUGAUUUCUGGAAUAAAAAAAUAUCCUAUGCUUUUCGUAUAAUAUCUUUAUACCUUUCAUCUAAAUCGGUUCAGUGAAUUGAGCGCGAAGAAGAGGAAGGCUCACUUUCGCAUUUAUAACAUUAGUAUGGAUAUGGAAGUAAAGAAGAAGAAGAAGUAUUAUUUGUGUUUGGAUACAAGCAAAAACUCACUCUCUAGUUUCUUUCCUAGGCAGAACUACGUCAGGAUAAACCUUAUGUGCAGCCGUUGUGCUUUUUCCCAUUGAUGCAGUACUUUUAGAACUACUGUGUCCACUUGUCGAGGACCUAAAAGGUACAAAAUAUAUUUAUGCCAAAUUCCCGUUUUCUUGUAGGCUAAUAUGGGUUGCUUAACGAUGGAAAGGCGGUCGGCAGCGAUGCGAUGAGCAAUUUCAAUGUGAAAUAAUUUUUAACGUUGUCUACAUUAUAAUAAUAUGUAGGUAACUCGCGAGCCGAAGUGGAUGAAAUCGCGCGCUUCGAGCUAUCGACGUGUGAUUUAGCGCGGCAUACGAUUAGGUAUGUCAUUCUCAUACAUUUUUUUUUCUAACUUCGCUUCGUUAUCGUUUUUAAAUUGUUACUCUAAGCCUCCUGUCCCCCUAGCAUGAGCACCGCGAUAUGAUAUAAGUAUAGCUCGUUUUUAUCACGCUGAACUGUCAAAUUACUAUGGAGUUUGACAGUUAGGCGCGAUAAAAAACGUGAUAUAAUGUAAAUUGGGGUGCUCAUGCUAUGGGGACUGGUCUUUUAAGUUUGUAGAUAAAGUUUAAAAUUAUUUCAUGCUGAAAGCACUCGCUGCGUUUGUCGCUGCCGGCUGCUGCUAUUCCGGUGGGAAUAGGUCCUUAGUUGGAGAGGCACCAUUAGAAGAUUCAAAAAGAGUCUACUAGACUCUCUUAGCUUAGGCGCCGACAUUAUCGGGUCGGUGGGGGCUCGUUUCGUUUUCGUUUCUGUACCGAAUCAAUACAGAUUCUUUACCUAGAACCACUUCUUGAUUGGCUCGGUUUCAGUGAGGUAUCGUUUUGUUUUGUUUGCUAUAAUUUUGUUUGCGGGAGUGACGGGAGGGACGGGCUUGUGGAAUGUUUCGGUAGCACUCGAUAAAGAAAGAAAGUAAACUCUCAUUUAAUAACAUGCACUUGGUAAAUAAUCUGUACGGAUUCGGCACAGAAACGAAAACAAAACGAAUAUGGUACUAGGGCAUUACUAGGGCUAGCCAAAUUCUGUGAUGGGCGUGGCUUGCACUGUUCAGGGACUGCUUCGUGGAGUAAUACUCUUUCUCCUUCGCUCAAAUAAAUUUCUACGUAAGUAGACUUAAACAGGUAUAGACAGGGCAAAACAAAUCAUAAACCUAUAUGAUUUUAAUUGGAUACAUUAUGAUAAUUUCUCGUGAUAUUAAGAUUACGUAAGCGAAGAGUGACACCGAAAUAACCACAUUCAUAAGGCGACUUAUCUAUUAUACAGUAGUGUUGUUAUUUUUGGAACGAAGUACCUUUUUCGGACGGUACGCAUUAGGCGGAUGAGGGCAAGACCACCAAUCAAGAAAAUAAUUAGUAAAGUUACAGGACUGACUUACAAGAUUGUGAUAAAUACUCAGAGCUAAGCAGUAUAGUACAGCUUUUAUUUCAUCGUGUCGGAGAAAUUGAAGACCACGCGUUGAAAACGCAAACCAAGGAUCUCUUUAAGAAAGUCAAGCUCCUCUCAAAUAUAAAUCAAACCUAAAACCUGGGAAACGAAAUACGAGUUUAAGACCGUAUUUCAUAAUUUAAUCAUACUCUAUCGCAUAAUACUUAUGCAGAUUAAUUUCAUGCGAUAACGUAAAUUUAAAAUCCCCCAUUAUUAUCUGAAGUAAUCUGCUAUUACUGAGCUUAAAGACAGGAAAGUUUCUGGGCCUGAUCAAUAAUUAACUGUUGAAAUCAUAAAAGCCAUGGGGACGGCUUCAGCCGUAAGUAUGAUGUAUGAGAUCUGUGACACUGGCAUACCGGUGACCCGGCGAUUGAGCAAAAUCAAUUACUCUGCCACUACAUAAAAAAGAAUCAACUUUAAAGUGUGACACUUAUAGGAUAAUAAAAGGUAAAGGGACUCGUGAACAGCUCUUAAAUGUCCGAUAAUUGAUUAAAAAACCCUACAAAUUCAAGACUCCUGAUGUAGGAAGGCUAAAGGGGAAGAUCUUCCUCCGACCUGGGUGAUGUUAGCUCGAGGACCGCGGUCCGACUGAUGUUGGUCGGGCAUCGUAUAUAUGGAGUGUUAGCCUCAGAAUUUCUGUUGCGCGAUGUAGGCACAUCACUCCCUUCCGAGACCGGAGGUCGAUAGUCUGUGCAGUUUCAGCAGUCAGUGCGUCAGAGCUUGCAAGUGCCAGGGUGCUGCAGGAUGCCCCAGUCUGCGGUGAGUCGAGACGGGUGGGGUGAAGGCGUGUCACCAGUGCUGCAGAGUUGCUCCAGUCUACUGUGACUCGAGACAGGUGGAGUGUGACAGUGGGUCCGAGCUGCUGGUGUGCAGGGCUGCCACGCCGGUGUGCUUGCGGCCGACAAGUGAGGUACUGGUCGUGGGCUGCGGAGACCAGGUCGGGAUGAUGCCGUCGGUUGCCAGGAAGCUUCGUUGAGAGCUGCGAUGGAACCGUGAGGCUGAUGCUGGCUUGCUGUGUGACUGCUGAUGUUGCUUGCUGCUGCUGUGCUCAGUCGAGGGUCAGCGGUGUAGGAAGGCCAAAGGGGAAGAUCUUCCGUCGAGCUGGUUGAUGUUAGCUCGGGGGCCGCGGCCCGACUGAUGUUGGUCGGGCACGAUGCCCGAUAUAUGGAGUGUUAGCCUCAGAAUUUCUCUUGCGCGAUGUAAGCUUCCAUACGUUGUGAUCGCAGCGCCAGUAGCGCCAUCGCUUGAGGAGGCGAGUGACUAUUUCCUCCAUGCUAAUUAUAUGUGGGGCACGUAGAAUUCGCCGCCACACUGUCAUUUUGUACUUCAUUGACUACAGCAAUCGGUUCCGUCGGCGGUUCAGCCCAUCGUAGGUGUUAAAAUGCUGGUCAAAACUGCUUAUGGUAUCGUUAAGACAAUCUCGUUGUAAGAGCACUUCUAUAGGGUUGUUUCGUAUUCAUCCUAUGACGUCUCAUCCCAAGCAUUAUUUUUUCUUACUCUUACUCAACUUAUUUUUGUUCCUUACUCUACCCACAAAAAUAUUUCAAUUGAAAUUCUUUAUUCAUCAAACCUGUAUUUCUAGGUCAACUCAUUCCAAAAUCACGUAAAAAAUGUAAGGUUUGUGUGUAAGGUCUAAACAAAAACAUUGUUUGUAAAAAUAUUUCAAAGCUCAGUUUACUUUGCUUUUGUAUUGUUUUAAGCAUUUUAACGGAUGGAAAUCUGUCAAAAUCAUAUACCUAUUACAAAAACUUCUUAUAACACUAAAUUCUUGCUGACAAACAAGAAGUGUUAGAACGGUAGAUCGAAUACUUUGUGAAAAUAAAUGAUUGCGUCUAGGCUGUUGACACUGUUAGUGAACCUGGGAUAGGCUCGGUGACACUGCAGAAGAGUUAUCAUUUCUAUUGAUGAGAUAGAAUGGUUGGUAUGAAAUCUGAAAAAUGGAAAAGCAGCGGGAAUUGACUUGGUUUAUGCGGAGAUGAACAGAAUGGGUGGUGUUUAGGUAAAGGAAGCUUUCUUGUAUUUAUGCAAUCUUUGCUGGGAAACUACAUAGAAGGGUUCUAACGGACUGGAAGCGCGCAGCCAUCAUUUCCUUGUAUAAAGACAAGAGUUUGCGCUUAUACUGCGCGACCUACAGAGUCAUUAGUUUGAUUAUGAAAAUAAUUGAAAGGAGAAUGAGGGUGAAAUCCGAUGGAAUGCUGUGGGAGGCAUAGAAGUGAUUCCGGAAUGGAAGGGGGGACACUGAUCAAGCUUUCUCGCAAUAUUGGGGAGAGUUCUCGACGAUAAUGUGGAGGAAAAUGCUUAUUCUCGCUCUGGACGGGAAGGUAUUUUUGCGGUUUUGUGGAUCUUGUGAAAGCAUUUGACUGAGUUAUGCGAAAGGAUAUCUGGAAUGUACUGCUAAGAUAUGGGAUCCAUGGUGCCCUGGUGCGUGCUGUGAAAUCAACUUAUGAAGAUUGUACAACAUACAUGCAGUUUGUCGCCCAGGGGGCCUACUGCCUAACGGGAUUGCUAUGGCUAUAUGUAUAGCUUAUGAAUUAAUUUUGUUAUUUCUGACUCUUUUUUUCUUUUGCAUUGGUAAUAACGAUAAAAAAAUGAGCGUUAGUUUGGCAUCAAUGUUAGUGUAAAGCAGGGCUGCGUGCUGUCAGCCCAGCUGUUUAGCUUACUCGAACUGUCUCCAAAUGUUAAGGUAGGUUUGCGAAUGGGUGAUCCAGUUGUUAACUGCUUGCUGUAAGCUGAUGACGCCGUAGUAGUUGCAAACAAUCCAAUUGAUUUGCAGACGCUGACGCAUCACAGUAUUGAACGAUGAUUAUAAAUUUCAAGUAGAUAUUAAUUUAAUAUAUGAUACACUUAUCACUUUCUAAAAUAUGAAAAAUAUGUUUGACGACUAUUAAUUCAUAAAUUCUAACUAAACUACAUAAUAAUAGAUAAUAGAAGACAUAUUGCGGACAUAGAUACCUCUUUUCUUGUGGGUUACAGGACGGGGUAUUUAUUAAAACCGACAAAAUGUCGAGAUGGUGAAUAAAAAUAUUCAUUAUAAUAAAAUGUUACUAAAAAUAUAAUUAUUUGGGUAUAUAGUAUAGUGUUUUAGAUUUUUAUGUUAUACUUGAAAACUUUAUUUUUAUUGAUUUAUAAUUGAUAUUUAAAUAAAAUCUUAAUAAAUACCUAUUAUAUGAUUAUUAAAUUAUCAAUUUAUAUUUGAUUUAAAAAAUGUAUAGUAUAACUGAUAAACUGAUAGUAUUUAAACGCGAAUAUCUUAAAAUAGCAUGUUUGUAUUGAAUGAAAUUCUAUUUUUUUUGUGAAUAUGCCCAUGUAUAAAUCUUUUAAUUUGCAGUGCUUGAAAAGAGUAAGUGAGUUGUAAGAUCAUUCUUAGUUUUAAGAUAUGAGUAAUUUGUACACUUCAUUAGCAAUGUUUCAUCAGGAGCGACAGUGCCCCUGGCUUUGACGGCUGUACUCCUGUACUAUUGAAACGGAUUAAACACAUGGUAAUAAAACCCUUAACUCACAUAUUUAAUUUGAGUAUGACCUCUGGCAUCUUUCCUCACUGCUGGAAGCUAGCAAUUGUCACUCCCAUACACAAAGACGGUGAUAAAAAUUCUCCCAAAAAUUACAGGCCUAUUUCAUUGCUAAAUAUAUUCUCAAAGAUCUUGGAGAAAAUUGUUAACAAGCGUCUCACAACAUUCCUUGAAUCGAAGAAUUUGCUUUCCAAUAAUCAAUUUGGAUUCAGGAGAGGCAGGUCUACCGAGGAUGCGGUUAUCGUCUUGAUAGAAGCGGUGUCUAAGGCUUUGGAUAAUAAUCUGCGUUGCAUUGGUAUUUUCCUCGACCUUGCCAAGGCCUUUGACACCGUGUCAAUUCCGAUUCUACUGCGAAAAUUGGAGGCCAGGGGGAUAAGAGGUACGGCCUUGGAGUGGUUCCGUAGUUACCUGUCGGGUCGUCGUCAGCGCGUGAGGGUCGGUUCGAACAUGAGCUCUCAGUUGGAUUUGUGUGGGAAUCCCACAAGGCUGCAUUCUUGGACCCACGUUGUUUUGCAUCUAUAUGAACGACACACUGGAACUGUCUUCUAUGAAAGCUGAUGUAAUCUGUUACGUGGACGACACAGCUGUCAUCUUUCAUGAUAAGUCAUGUGACAGUGUUCUCAAAACCGCUGAACAUGGCAUGGCGAUUGUUUGGAGAUGGUUGAAUGUGAAGCUUCUGUCACUUAACCACAUGAAAACAAAAUUGAUUGCUUUUCACAAAACGGACGCAUCCAAACCAUCAGGUCUUACUACUUUGACAGUACAUACUUGUGAUUCGCGUUCGAAUAUCUAUAACUGCAUCAACAUAUGUAGAGUGGAUGCCAUUAAAAUAUCUAGGGGUAAUCGUUGAUGAAAAACUUAAUUUCAAGAAACAUCUGUCAUGGCUAUCUGGUAGGGUUAGAAGAAGUAUACACUUCAUGAAAGCGCUUCAACACAGCGCAACUAAGGAGACUAUGCUUCUAGUAUAUAAAGCACUUACUCAAUCCUUGAUUUGCUACUGCUGUCUGGCCUGGGGUGGAGCUAAUAAAUCAAGCAUGAUGCUAGUCGAACGAUCUCAGCGCGCUGUAUUAAAAGUAAUGUUUCACAAACCAUUUAGGUAUCCCACCGAUGUUCUUUAUAAAGAGUGCAGCUUGUUAAGGGUUCGUCAGAUCUUUAUUGUAAAAUCGAUACUUGCUAUGCAUGGAAAAGUGUCUGCAUCACCAGAUUAUAAAACUCUUUGCCUUAGACGUAACUUUCGGAUUCCAAUGCCUAUCACGCAUACGUCAUUCAUCCAACGCCAUUCCACAUUUUUUCAUCCUUUCAUUUACAACAAGAUUUGUCGCUUCUUUGCUAAUCUUCACCUUCAGUCUAUAAUUUGUGUCAAAAGGAUGGUUUCCUCUAGGCUCAUGGAUCUGUCAUAUCAGGAAACAGUGGACAUAAUCAAGCCUGUAAGUUGACUACUUACUUAACAAUGGGUGAGUUGAAAAUUAUCACAGGCACACACCCAUGCGCGCAUACACAUACACUCACAUACACACAUCCACACUCGCACACACACAGACUCACACUCACAUAUACACACAUAGAGUAAUUAUAAUUCGAGGAUUUUUUAUUAAAUAUAUGCGUAACUUGUAAAAAUAUUCAGUAAAAAUGUUUAAAGUUACUUUAAUAAUUUUACUAUUGUCAUAUUUUUUUUCUUAAUGUCACUCGAACAUUUAUGUAUUACCGUAACUCACAAUGUGGUCAACAUUGUGAGUUACGGUAAUACAUAAAUGUGUCCCGAGUUUUGUCAACAUAAAAUAUUGUAAUGCGAAUCAUUUAGAAAAACUGAAAUGUUAGGUCUUUGCGUUACGAGCUGAGCUCAGUGCAAAAACCAAUGUUUAAUUGUAAGCCAAGUUAAAAUUUUGUAUUGGUGAAUAAAUAUAUUUUUGAUAUUUUGAUUUUUGAAUGUUUCUUCAUCUUUAAGCUUCUUAACAACCGAAUGCGAAGAAAACUCUUCACAUUGAGUUGUAAGCCAUUCUUUACUUUCAAAAUGGGUUUCUUUCCUUUCAAAAUGAAAGAGGGAAACCCAUUUUCGUAUUUUAUAUGAAAUUUAAAGCCGUUAUAUAACAACAUUUGACGCCAUAUAGUGUUUGCAGAUAACGUAAAUCAUUAUCACGAUCGUUGUGCACAAGAUGCACUUAGUAUGUCAGCUAAUAACCUAAUGAACUGACUAGAUGUCAUUUUUUUAUUUUUUAUUUAAUGGUAUGUUCACAUAUUUGACUUUCUGCAACAUUGUUAAAACAAUGAAAACCGGUUUGGGAGUGCACACAGACACAUCUAUAUAUACAAAUAAUUUUUUAAAUGAAAACCAUUGUAAAAUUAGCUUCGAAAACUCAAAUAUUUACUCACAUAGACGCCUUAGAUUUCUCUACAGCUGUGGGGAGUGGUCUCAGCAUGGUAUCGAAAGCUGAUCUUGGCAUCCCGAGGAUUCCAACAACCACGCCUAGUUCACUCAGUUUCUCCUCUGGACCUGCUACUGCUUGGAGCAUGUAGUGAAGUCUUGGGGACAUUCUGAAAACGGAAACAGGUUUUCUGCGUUAAAGUUGCCUCAUCAUAGCGUGAAAAAAAAUGUAAACUUUUUUUUUAUAAAAAAAUAUUAUCGAUUUUAUAAAACAAAAGACUACGAAUCAUUGAAGUAAUUUUAUUUAUUAAGAUUGGUUCCUGGUAUAUCGCGUGGUAUGGAACCUUAAAUAUUCUUAUAUUUUAGAGUAAGUAUUUUACAAUUUUCAGUUAUUUUAGAUAUUAUUAUUUGAAUAUUUUCUCAAAUAAUUUAAAAUUGUAAAACUUAAACUUAAAUUUCGAAAGGGGGAGAACUGAUCAUUCUCCAAGAGAAGUACCACCCUGUUGUCUCAUCUACAGGGUCUAACAUAUUGAAAAUUACAACUUAUUAAUAUAGUACUCCUACUCUAACCAUAAAAUACACGAAAACCUUCCUAUAAAACGUUUUUAAUAGUGGCGUGGUGGAGUUUUUACAGGUUCAGCAACGCGCAUGUGAUAAUUUUGGUGUUGCAGGCGCCCAUAGGCUACCUACCAUGUCCAAUAUGUCCAAAGACCGCUUUCCAUCAGCGGACAGAGUACUUGUUUUAACUCCCAAAUACUAUAGAAAAGUGGCUUACUGCUGUACUUUGAUAACACCUAGUCCCAUCAUGCGGUAGUCGAUGGGCCGGUGACAAAAAACUUCAUUCAUCAGGGGUGAGCGUGUAUUGAGUUUCUUGUCAUAGCGCAGGCAGUGUCCAAGUAGAACCACACGCUCCUCUUUUGCCAUAUUGUUGAUGUAACCCGUUUUCAAAGUGUGCUCCACCGCGUUGAAUAUCUCCGAUUUGAAUAUGCGGUUUGUUUCCAAUUCUAAUUUAAUUAUUAAUAAGACUUAAUUAAGGCAAAAAUAGGCAGUAUAGAAAGUAAUCUACAUACAAAGUGCGCUCGAGAAACGCACACAUAGACACCGCCCACGGACACGAUAUUUCGAACUAGUUCCGACCACUGCGAACGCGUGUUCCAUCCGCUUGAGACACGCGUCUGUGAACCUUUGUGCAAAAAUCGAGCAACAAAAAUCAAGUUAAUAUCUCUUCAGUAGACAGGUUUUUAUAUUCAACAUUAAACGGUGAAUUGCCGUUUUUUUAAUCCAAACAUAUAAUAAAAUGGUAGGAAAGUCAAAACUGUACAUUGAUUAUUUUUUUAAAGAAUACUUGUGGUGCGAUCUACAAUCGAUACCGAAGGCAAAAAUAUAGUUUUUAGAAUUUUAGUCUGUUUGUCUGUAUGUAUGUCCGAGAUAAACUUAAAAAGUACUGCAUGGAUUUACUUCAAAUUUGGCACGAAUAUUAUGAAGUAGUCAGGUCAACAUAUAGGCUACAUAUCAUCAUGCUGUCACUUACAUGCUGUUACUUAGCUUAGGUAUGCAAAGUGAAGUACAUACAUGGGAUUACCUUCUGUACUCUCUAUUUUGUGAGUGAGGUGUCCUCAUAUGAUGGAGUAGGCCAUAGCAAUGCAUUUGAUUACCAACUGGUAAAGAGUAAUUAAAGUAGGGAAGCAAAUGAUCAUCUGUUUAUUAGUGUCAAAUUCCCAUUGCUAGGGCACACACAGGCCUUCCCUAGGGAGGAUAAAUAGCCUAUCACGCCAGUGCGGAUUGGUGAGAGCUAAGCUAACGACUGUAUAUUAGCCAUAUUCAACGACUUUACGUAACUACGUGUAUUUCUAAACACGGAAGAGCUGGAGAUAAAAGAUCUGUGGUCACUUAUUCUAAUGACCGCCCAUUGUGAGUGUUACUACAAUCACAUGAUAUGGUGAUGCAUGAACGCGCUAUUGACUUAAUUUUAUAGCUAGGUUUAUUUUAUAUUAUGCUUCUUAAGUGUUCUUUUUGAAAAAAAAAAACUUAUAUUCGUUCCGUACCCACAUACAGUUUAAUUAAGGCUGUUAAACAUAGGUUACUAGGUAUUUAGUUAUAUAUAUUAGAAAAUAUUUUUUAAAUAAAAAUAUUUACCGAUAUAGUUACCAACCUAUUUGAUUAAAGGACUUUCUCCCCAGAGCCAACCAAACAAUUUGUACGCACAUUCUAAGCAAUGUUUCAAAUAGUCGUGCGUCUUUGUCUGAUAAAGAUCUACGUUUCUUCGCAGGCCCCAUAUGGUGGAAUUUCCGCAUGUCACUUCCACCUGAACAAACGAUGUUUGUAAACGUUUGGAAUUUCAUCAAAAUAUGCAAAAAAGACUUCGUCACAUUGCCUACCUGAAGCAAAUGUCAGCCUAAACCCAAUCCCGUACCCCAUGGAGCCCUGGAAUAAUAUAUUAGUAUACCCCAGCACCUAAGAUAUGAAGGAAAGAAGAUUUUAGUCAGCAGGACCAAAAUAACUUAAUAAUAAUAAUUUUCUUUAUUGUAAUACAACAUACAAGACACACAAGUAUAUUAAAAAACAUGAUAGAUAGAACGCACACAAUAUAGGCGGCCUUAUUGCUAGGCAGCAAUCUCUUCCAGGCAACCCAUAAUACAAAGAUAAAUAAAUAUGAAGGAGAAAAGGAGCGGUGUUAUAGAAAAUAAUAAUAAUAAUAUCAAUGGCAGGAAAACAGAUAUAUCUAAGGAAGGAAAAAGAGAGGAUGAAGGAAAUUUCUUACAUUACUGUUGGGAUAACAAAUAACUCCGAACUUGAUCCCUAAACGAGUUCAGAGUGCGAGCCCUUCGAAUAGUUUCUGGCAAAGAGUUCCAUAGACAGAAUACACAGAGAAGGAAUAGGAAAAGAAAUCAGUAGAAUGACUUGGAAUUUCAAGAGAUAGGUUAGAAGAAGAUCGCAAAGUGCGCUGUCAAGUAGAAAAGAGAAACGAGAAGCAUUCUUUUAGGUAAUGAGGAGAAGUGGGUAAGAAAAGUACGGAGUAAAGAAGCGUAAGAGUGUGUAAGUCCCUGCGCCGGCGAAUAGGGAGCCAGUUAAGUUUAGAACGGAAGUAUGAGAUGUGGUCAUAUUUACGAAGGUUGAAAAUAAAUCGGAUACAUAAGUCCUGCAGACGCUCUAUCUUAUUUAAGAGUUCUUCAGUAAGAUCUGUAUAACAGGAAUCAGAGUAGUCAAUGAUAGUCAGUAAAAGAGUCUGCGCCAGAGUGAUUUUGGUGGUGGUCGGCAAAUAGUUACGUAAUCGGUUGAGCAAGUUGUAUGCAGCAAAAAUUUUCUUUCUGAUCGUCUCCACCUGAGGUCUCCAAGAAAAACAUUGAUCACAGACAAUUACUUAAGUAGACAAUUACAAAAAAUAGUUUGUUUCGCCGGUUCUUCUCAGAAAGGUCUCCCAAUAUUGGAACCGGUGGUAGUUUACGGUAGUUAGGGUCAAAUAAAUAAACUUAAAAUUACAAAAAAGAAUUAAAUAAAGGAGGGGAGAAGGAGGCACCGUAGCACAGGGGCAGAUUUGAACAUGUUGAUUUCUGAACGUAACUUUAUGUUAAUUUAUGCCGUAACUACAUUUUAUUAUUGGCAGCACUAGCUGUGACAAACGUCAAGUAACAAAGCGCGCGCGUUUCGUUUUCAAAAAGAUUUAUAACCUGUGGUCGUAUUUGUACUGGAGAAGUAAAAAAAUAAAAUAAAUGUUGUAAGGGAUUUACUAUCACGUGAGUAAAGGUUUCCAACUAAAUCUUUCACAAAAUUGUGCACUACUUAUUAGUUUUCAAUCCACCUUGUAGUUUUUGCUUGCCAGUUAUUUCACUUUUUUUUGUAAUAUUUUAUCUUCCAAGUGACCAUGGGGCAGAUUUGAACAGGACGAUCAAAUGCAAACUUAGCUCCAAGAAGUGAACUAUUUUUAGAACGACGUUUUUUGUGGUUUAGAAGUUUGACAGUAUAAUAUAAUUAUAAUAACAAUAAACUUAAACACUUGUACAAUAUUAUUUCUUAUGUUAACAAGGAGGAAGUCAGACACAAUUAAAAAUUACUAUUUGUAUUUUUGUUACUGUAAUGCAAGAUUUUAGAAGUUUCGUAUAAGUUUAUUUUAUAUUUUAAUAACAAUGAAUAUCAUUAUAAUAAAGAUAAAUUAUUCUAUCCUCUUUUUUUCUGCUUUACCCAUUGUUCAGAACUGCUCCAUGUCGAUUCAAAUGUGCCCCCCUUAGGGAGGCAGAUUUGAACAAAUUUGUGUUUUAUAAAAACACAUUAUUUCUCUUUAACGGUUUCAGCAAAUUCAAACAUUACAUCAUUUUUAUAUUAACAAAGGAGUAAGUAAGCUAAGAAAACUAUGUUUUUUCAACUUCUCUUUACAGUUGAUUUUUUAUGAGUCCAAAUAUGAAAAAUGUGCUAACGUGCCACCCUCUCCCCUACUUUAUUAAUUUAAUUAGCAAAUAGAUUCAAGUAUAAACAAUAAAGUUUUAAAAAUCUUCCAAUGAAAAAUCCGAACUCUCAAUAAAAGUCUUUCGAAGGUGGCUCGACAAAGUAAAUAAAAAAUCAUUAUUUUCACGACGCAUUCUAGCAAAGGGUGCGAAACGUCAAUAAAUAAAUAAAUUCAGUGCAUCUAACCCGUAAAAUUUGUUUUAUUUAAAUAAAAAUAUUAUAAAAUAUAAUAUAAAAUUAUAUAACUGUUGAUUGGCAAAUGGCAAGUUUAUUUUUUAUUGUUGCUAAAACAUCAAAAUAUAUUGUAUUUAAUAGGUAACUAAAGCAGCAAUAAUUGUUCUGUUUACAUUAUUAAGUAUUUUGUGGGUACUUUAUUUCAAGAGGAAUCAGUUACAAGUAAAUUGGUGUAAAAAGUCCACCACGAUAUCACGAAUAUCAUGUAUAACUGGACUGAUUGUCAUUUGCCAUAGUGAUUGAGUUGACGUUCUAAGCUGCCACACACUAAAAAUAUAAUAUAUAUUUUUUUAAUUUCUUCAUGACCUUCAGUCGUAUACAUAGAUAAUACAAAACAAUGAAGAUUUAUAAAGAAAGAAUUUGAAAGUAACAAUUAUAACUUUAUGGUUUGUCAUACUUUUAUUAUUUAAACAAAAUUAUGACAAAUUGGAAAAAGGGAGUUUAAGAACUUAUUUCUAUUUAAUUAUUUACAAUAACAGGGUGGCCAGCAUUCUUACAAAAUUGUUAAAUUUUAAAACACGAUUUAAAAUUAAUCGGAGAUAAAAAAAGUAUCCGUUAAUGUUAUAAUACAAAAAGAGCUCUCAAAUGAUAUAUGUCUCGUCGCUGCCGGAAAUCGACUACCAUUUUUGAGCCAUCUCCUUUAUUACUAUCAUUGAAACCGCACUUCGUCACAAUAACAUCGAUUAUAAUUUCUGUCUACGUUUUGUAUUAUAUUAACGUAUACAAAUGUUAUUUUAGAGUUAACACAGGUUUCUAAGGCCAAUAAAAUGAUUUUUUCAAUAUGGAAAAUUGAAAUAAGUUGGCGUUUCAAUAUUUGACGCGACCAAAGCUUCCUAAAUACGUUCCCGCAACUGCGGAUAAUGUCCACGAUUCUCAUAAUUUUGUUAAUCCAACAAGUUUGAUGAAAGUAUAGUAUACUAAGAACAUGUUAAUACAUGUAAUAAAUAUAAACUAAAAUGAAGACAUUAUUUUAAAAUUAGUUAAAUACAUGUAAUAUACCUUGGUGUAAACAAGGGGUAAGGGUCUAUCAAAGACAAGCUUUAGAUCCAUAGAGCAACAUAAUCCGGAUGGACGUCCAUAUCAACAUAAAUGUAAGCUUACCUGUAAGUAAUAUGCCGAAUAUAGAAUAAGCGCCCUUAUAAACCGUUCGGUUGUCGGAAGGUGUAGCAUAUUUAUUAGCAGAGGGCUCAUAAUUUGCACGGGGGCUGUGUAUAAUGCGAUAUCUUUCACGUCCUGGAAAUUACAAAAAGUUAAAUCAUGUAGUACAUAACUAUAUUUACUUGAUAGUUAUUAAAUUUCCUCUUCACCUACUAAGUGUCAUGAUUAUUAUGAUUUAAAUAAUCGUAAAAUUUAUUUAUCUUAAAGCCUUGUUCGGAUUCAGACGAAUCGCGCAGGUAGGUCCCUUGCGUCAGCACCAUCUUACAAGUUUUGAAAUAUGUUGCAUAAGACACAUCACACGAUGUAAAAAUCCAAGCUCAACUCUUGUGUGACACGUGGGUGCUGAGUCGCGUGGUUUACGCGUCGUGGUAGCAUGCGCGUGCCGUCUGAAGGCCUAAUCUAGCA